UGUUGUGAUUGCUAUUACUCGCUAGGCGUGUUUGGGUUUUAACUGGCUGAAUAAAAAAUAAAAAAUAAAAGACUUGUAAUGGUAUUUUCUUAUUGGUUGGGGGGUGGGAACGGACACUUUGUGGUCAAUGAAUACUUAAACAACGGCAUACUCACUUCCUUCUUAGCCCACAUUAGAAAACGAAAGACACUCUUCAAGAUUUCAGAGCAGUACUUUACACGGGCAGCGCUUACAAGCUUUGGGGAUAGGAGCAACGUCUACUGCUUGUUUUAACCCUUUAUCUUUCCAUGGGGAGGAGGGAAGGACAACUGCUUGAGUCCGGCCACCGUGAAACUUUACGAAUCUCUGGCGCAAAUGCAGCUGUUUGGCCCGCUGUCUGACUAAUGAGUUCAUUCUAGAAUUCCCCCAGCAGCUCCGGUCCAGAUCACACACCGUCCUGAGGUUGCAAUGGAGUUUUCGGAGCUGAUAAAAACCGCUAACGUGGAUAAUGUUGUUCUCAAGCAGCCGUUCCGUCCUCCGGUCAGGGGAACCUUGUGUGUCACCAGCCACCACCUCCUGCUCUCUUCCAGGGACGGGGAUACCAUGGAGCUGUUGCUUCUGCUUAGGAACAUUGAUGCCGUCGAGAAAAGGUUUGUUUCUUCUGGCACCAUCACUAUCAAGUGCAAAGAUCUUCGCAUUCUGCAGCUGGACAUCCCCGGCAUGGAAGAGUGUUUAAACAUAGCUAGCUCCAUUGAGGCCCUCUCGUCCCUGGAGACCGUGACUGAGAUGUACCCGUUCUUCUACAGACCCCUAAAUUUACACCUGCAGGAAUGGGGUUUGCACAGCCCUGAGCGGGACUUCGACCAGAUAGCUUCACAAACAGACCGCUGGAGACUGAGCUGUGUGAAUAAAGAUUUCUCAGUGUGCCCCUCCUAUCCCACGGCAGUCAUUGUCCCCAGAUCCCUCGAGGACGAGACUCUGAAGAAAGCAGCCAGGUUCAGGCAGGGAGGAAGGUUCCCAGUGCUCAGUUACUACCACAGGAACAACGGCAUGGUGAUCAUGCGCAGCAGCCAGCCCCUGGUCGGAGCUCACAGAAGACGCUGUAAGGAGGAUGAGCUCCUGCUGCAGGCUGUGCUGGGUGGAUCUGACCUCGGCUACAUCGUCGACACGCGCUCCGCACAGCUGGCAAAGCAAGCCACGCUGAUCGGUGGCGGGAGCGAGUCCAAAACGAACUACAUUAACUGGAAGAGACUUCACCGAAACCUGGAGAGAGGUAAAGUGCUGCAGGAGAGCUUGAUUAAGCUUGUGGAAGCCUGUAACGACCAGUCCAACAACAUGGACCGCUGGCUGAGCAAGCUGGAGAACUGCAAGUGGCUGUCCUACGUCAGCUCGGCACUGAUCACUGCAGGGCUGGUGGCUGAGUGCGUGGAGAGGGAGGGGUGCCCGGUGCUCGUGCAUGGCUCCGAGGGCACAGACACCACGCUGCUGGUCACCUCCCUGGCGCGGCUUAUCCUCGACCCCGAGUGCAGGACGAUCUCCGGCUUCCAGGAGCUAAUUGACAGGGAGUGGAUACAGGCCGGGCACCCCUUCCAGCUGCGUUGUGCCCACUCUGCCUUCUCCCACACCCGGCUCCGCCAUGAAGCUCCCGUGUUCCUGCUCUUCCUGGAUUGCUGCUGGCAGCUCUCCCGCCAGUUCCCUCUGUCGCUGCAGUUCAACGAGGCCCUGCUCACCCGCCUCUCCCAGGAGGUCUACGCGUCCAACUUCGGCAACUUCCUGUGCAACAGCGACAAAGAGCGGUGUGCUUUUAGAGUGAAGGAGAACACCAACUCUCUGUGGGCCUGGAUCAAUAGGCCCUGUGAGCUGAGCAAGUACACCAACCCCCUUUAUGAGUGCAACAGCCUGGCGAUCUGGCCCUCCGUGAACCCACAGAGCCUGCAGCUGUGGCAAGGCUUGUUCUUCAGGUGGAGCCACUCCACACAGCACCUGGACGAGGCCUGGGAGGAAAUCCGCCUCAUUGUGAGCGAGCAUAAGGUAAAGGGCAAUACUGACAGCACGCUUCCAGGAGGGUUGAACUCACAAGCCCCUGCUGGGAUCAGUUCCGUCUGUGAGCCUUGCUGUUAACCUCGGAACCUCCGGCGACCCGGCGGACUGCCUGUCCAGAACCAAGCGCCAAUCCAAUGUGAGGUCACCGUCGACAUUCUGCACGGCGCUUUGUACAGGCGAAUGACAAUAUGCAUUGGUUUCAAAGGACCAAGUGCAGUCUGGGCGAUUCCUGCCUGUAAGGGGUUAAGACUGUUUUACUGUAUGAGGAAUUGCAAAUACUGUACAUGUGCUGAUUAUUGUAUGAACCAGGGGUCGGGGAAACUCAUUUUUAUAUCACUUAAAAUGUUUUUUCGAAUAGGAUUUUUAAAGCUGGCACAGUCUGGAAUAACUCUGUUCUUUCAGAAUUCCUCUUCAGGAGAAUGUGAAGUGAAAGUUGUUCUGCCUGCCCGGAACAUGCAUAACAAAUAGAAUAUCACACAGGGUGCUGGACAAUGACAAGCUGAUAUCCGCCCCACAACCGGUCAGGGCAGCUUGUAGUAUUUACCGCGUCUCAUAGUGCUACAGCAACAUACUGAAGGUGUUGAAAUAUGGCACUUGCAUUAAAAUCAAUGCAAAGCAGGAUAAAUCACCUUUACAAAACUGGUAUAUUUAAGAUUUGACACACAUGGGGGAAAAAAAAUAAACAAUGUGGCCAUAGACAAGUUAAUUUCUGCAAAUAUACCCAAUGGUAGCUCCAUUAAAGAUGAAACCGUUGUCAUAGUAAAUAUUUUGUGGGUUUAAUUAAAACACCUGCUGCAUGUAUUGUAAAGCCGUCUCCACACAAGACAUCGUUGCAAAUGAGAAUUCAGCUUCCAGUGGGCUCUUUUAUUGAUUACAAAAACACAACCUGAAACUUUAGUAAAUUGUCAAUUGUGCCGAUGCUGCUUUUUUUGUUUUAUGCAAAGCUCACAGGAUGAUAAAAAAAGAAAAAACUGUACUGACUUGUGCUCGUCGGGUUUAAAUGGAACAGAAUUUGAGAAUGACUCUGUCAAGGAGAGAGCCUGGUCUGCACAGUACCAUUCUGCCCUGCAUCCAAUGGAACAAUGAGUAACUUCACGGCUGGGGUUUAGGGACGCAGAUGUUAUUUUCGGCUCUGUUUGCUCCCUGUGAUGAAUUGUCCUGCGACACGGCUUCUAUUAAAGAGCACGACGUGGGCUGCUGUAUCUGUUUGACACAGCCAUCCAUUCCAGCUUCAUCUGCUCUGUGGAGACUCUGUAGGAAUAUAGAUAGUGUGCAAGUGGGCCCAUUCGUUUUAUUCUCUGACAGUACCGGUGACGUCUUUGGACUCUAAACCCGUCACUAGGUCUCUGCUUUUGCAGAAAUACCGUGCUCAAAUGCUGUUGUCAACUUUUAGAAGGGACUUCUAGUAAUGCCAGAUUAUUUACUGUAAUUGGCUAUAAUUCUAUAUUUGAUGGAUUAAAUGUGUUAAGAGUUGUAUGCAGUUUACACGAACACACACAUUAUGUAUAAGCUUUAAGGAGUCUUUUCAGAAGCAGCCCACGUGGUUGAAAAUGGACAUUGCUAGUAAGCCUGCUAAAAUUGACUCAUGGCAUACUUGGUUCUAAAUGCUGUUUUUGCACUGGUUGCUAAUUUAAUAUACUGCGCUGCCCUGACCUCAGAACUUUGUUGUUAGUUUUAUACACUGUAUUGUAACAUGUUACUGUAUUUGUUGAACUGAUGUUACACAUUUGAAUGUUAAAAUAAAUGCCUUCCUGCUGACAGGGAAGUCCUUGUAAGGAUGUUACAUUAA